AUGAACCACACAGAGCUCAACGCUCGUGUGGCCUGGCAGAGUGGCCCCAAGAAACGUGGAGGAUUCAGCAUACUCUGGACGGGUUUGGCCCUCAUCAUCACGUGUACUUGGACAACGCUUCACCUCAACGUCCCGGGACUGUACGACACCUCGAAAACACAACUUUUACGGAAAGUCAAAUGGACGUUCAUCAUGGUGAUCUUCCCCGAGUUCGUGUUGGCACGCGCGAUUGUCGAGCUCAAGACUGCGCUCGAUGACGACGUCAAGAUGGCCGGUCAGGCGGAGCAAAUGCGCCGCUUAGGAUGGUGUGUGCAUCCGAGCAGGUCAGCGCUGUGGAUACAGCGGGUUCUCAAGAAACUUAAUUUUCCGUUGUCUGUAGCUCAAGACUCUGACGUGCGAGAUGAAGAGGAUGCGAGGUCAUGUCGUGCUCCAGUCAUGAGCGAGGGCUCUGCAAUGAAUGGCGAUCCUACUACGAGUGACAGGACUCCUGGAACCGACAAUGAUAUCACGGACGAUGACCUGCCUACGCACGAUAACGUCCCUAGAACCUGUUAUCGUUCCGUUGAGAACUUACCAGCGCGGAAACAAAAUUUCUCAUUUUCGGAUCAAACGGACGCUGAAGCAGCUUUCCAUCCAGCUCGCAGAAACUGCAAUGAUCACAAGUGCUAUUUGUGGACCCUUACCCACACCGUUUUCGCUAAUAUGGGCGGUUUGAUGUUACCCUUACACGACGGAUGUGAAAUCACAUACACGGGACGCUUUCUAACUUCGGGCACACCAGGUGUUGCAGGCAUACCAAGGGAUAAUCAUUUCACUGAAGAUGACAUCGUUGACAAGAGUAAUGGAGAUGGUUUUGUCCGCGGCAUAUGGCUAUUGCAGAUCUUGCGGUUACUCCUGGACUUGAUCGCGCGGGCAUACCAGAAGUAUCCGAUGACGCCACUAGAGAUCAUCACUGCUUCUUUUGCCGCGUUGUCUUUUACAACAGUCAUUGUUCAGUCCAAGAAGCCGCUGGAUGUGCGAAAGCCACUUGAUACAAAGACGGAAGCUUUACUGUUGUCUAUGCUUACGGGAUCGACAAUACUAUUCAGUACCAUACAUUGCGGCGCGUGGGCUUAUGAAUUCCCAUCUCUCGUGGGAAAAUGAAUAUGGAGAGGUGGAGCACUCACAGGCGUGGUGCUUCCAAUGCUAGUGCUCGCUUUCACAAUGCUGCUGAACCCAAUAUCUCAAAAGCUGGACGCAGAGCUGAAAGGCCUCUCAAACGCGCGACGCACGCUGCGGAAGGCAAUGAAAUGGAGUCGUUUCCAUGGAGAAAGCGCACAAGAACGUACCGUCUACAAGCAAGAAGACGAAGAGUACUCGCAACAGAUCAACGAGAUCCUCCCACACUACAGAAUGGUGGUUCGGCUCUUCGACGUUAUGUAGUACGGGCUAUUGGCGCUGCAUUUUCUUUCGAGGAUAGCAUUAAUUGUCAUCGUUCUGGCGAGUUUCCGAUCUGCACCGCAAGGGAUAUAUUUUGAUACAUGGGCUUCGUUCAUUCCUACUGUAC